AUGGCCAAUGCCCCGCCGCUAUGUCGUCGCCUACAGUUGCUGCAGCCCACGCUGCCCCUCUUCGCUACUAGCCAUAACCGUUCACCCAAGAUCGCCUCGGAUCACCCUUCUGUAGCACCGCUUCACAUGUCCUACAGCUUCGCGGUGGUGCCGCCACCCGCCCCCUCCGCCACUCCUGCCUUCGAGGCGCACGUCAGUACGCUGCUGCGCCACGUCCCGCAUCCAACCUUUCUCACCUGUACGAGCUACAGUCCGUACUUUACCUCUGCCGAGUCGGAGGGCGCGGCGACCGCAACAGGCUCCGCAGACCACGUGGCAGAGACAUCUGCGACCCAGCAGGCACUCUCGUACCUCCACCAAUGUCUCGCGGCAGAUGUGGGUCUUGUCCUCACUGUCACAGCCACGCGCGCCACGUUCCCCGCGGCGUCGGUGCAGCACAAGUCCUCUUCUCCUGCCUCUAUGCUGCCGACGACGACGCUGACGGGUGCGAGUCGGGUCGGAAUGAUCGCUGUCCUCGGUGACUUUAGCCGCCGCACCUCUACACCACCUGCCACCGAGCUGGGCAUGGCGAACUCUCGAGAAGCGACUCGCCACCGCAGCCUUGGGCUGAUGGUCUUGCGCGGUGAUGAUGGUGGCUACACUCGGCAGCGCCUAACAGCUGCUGCUCAGAAGGCCGGAGCAUCCACGUCUCCUCCUUCCCCUUCCCUCAACCCGUACUUUGACUUCGCGGAUGGUAUUGAUCUACUCGGCUUCAUCAACUCCGCUCUCCGAAGUCAUGGUGUAGGAGCAAUGCCUGAGGCUUCGGGUAGUGAAUCCGCUAGCGGGGCGAUCUGCAUGUGUGUAGGCGGGUAUCCGCAGGGCCACGUGCUAGACCGGAAGUGGGGAACAGCGCAAGAGUCAGCCGAUGCCGUCACCGCUGCACCGGCGCCCUCGGAGCAGUCACUCUUACCAUACCAGGCGCCGGCCUCCCUUCGCUUCCUUGAGGAAGUAGACGCCGUCCUUGCCAGCACGGAAGCGCGACUGCGACGGGCUCAGGGAGCAUACAGUUCCCCACACCCUCCGUCGGUUGAGUCCUGCGUGGAGAUUGCUGGUGCUCUUCUCGCCCGCCUCGAUGCCGUGCGUCGACUAUGGACGAUGCCAUCCUCCUACCCACCUGACGUGCGUGCCGCCUGUACGCGGCGGACAAUCGCGGACAAGGUGCUUCUCAGGCCACCUGGAACGCGGCAAUGCGUCGCAGCCGGCACUUGGGACGCCUCUGGCGACGUAGGCGCUUGCGUGGUUGUGACACAGAUGAUCACCUCCGCCACAGAGUUUUUGGACUACGUGGAGGACAUACGGAGUGCGCUGUGCUCAUCGAUGGCCACUGCCAGAAGCGCUCUGUGCGACCACGACGGCAACAGCACUGCUGCCACCGAAGAGAAGACAGCGAGUCUGACAUGCGUAGAAUCAACAGCACCAGCAGCAGUGCUGCCAUCGUCAUCGCCCUCUCUGGUUGUAGUGCCAGGGUUGAUGGCGCCACUGCGGGGAGACCAGUUUCUGCGCUCGACACUGCAGCUCAAAGUCAUCCCGAGUCCACCAUUUCAAGCUGCGUUGCACGAGUACGAGGGGGCGCUGCACUCCGCAGUGGAGACGCUGCGCAAAGCGGCCGCCUCGACUAAGGACACAGCACACGGUCACAGCAGUGCGCCAACUGGGGUGCCGGAAAGAAAACCAAAUUGUUCAGUAUCUCGCGGUGCGAUCGAUAUGUAUCAGCAGGCGAAGGAAACAGCGGAGAGGUGCUUCCAGGAGCGGAUGGUGGACAUCACGGUGGCCAUUGUGCGAGACCUCCGCGCUCACGGCUACACGCACGUGAACUUCUCCACCUUCCAGUACGGAUGUGGUGACGCAGUCGGACGCGUCGUGGCCGCGCUGGCCGCAGAAGGCGGAGAAGCAGUGGCACCGCUGUGA